AUGUCCAUCUGGCUGUGGGGCCUUGGCCUGGGUGCAGGCGCGUUCUUCGGCCGCGCUGCGCUCGUCGCGAUACGUAAGAACGGUGUUGGUGGCUCCAAGCUGGGGCGUAGUUUCUACAAGGGUGGCUUUGAGCCCAAGAUGACAAGGCGGGAAGCUGCCUUGAUUCUCGAGAUGCCCGAACGCGGCGUCACGAAAGACCUUCUCCGCAAGAAGCACCGAUCGCUCAUGCUUAUGAACCACCCCGAUCGCGGCGGUUCCCCGUACUUGGCCACCAAGGUCAACGAGGCGAAGGAGAUGCUGGAGAAGGAGAUCAAAUAG